UGCUUUCCAAGCUUUGAUUAUGAAGAGUUCACUUUAUUUUGCACUAGCUGGGUAUUUGUUGCUCGCUUUUGCAACCAGAGUCCGUCCAGACUCAUUUGUGGAUGACGAGAACACGAAGUGGUCGGAAUGGAAACAGUUUCAUGGGAAAUCAUAUGCUGAUCUGUAUGAGGAGAAUUUCCGCCAUGCAAUAUGGCGUUACAAUCUCAAGAAAAUUGAAAGUUACAACUUGGACAAUCUAAACUUCACCGUUGGUCGACUCAAUUAUUGGUCUGAUCUCACGCCGAUAGAGUUUCGGUUUUUAAUGCUUCAGAGAAGCACACGUCUGGAUGACAGAGGAAGUAGAAAUAGCAUUGACAUCGCUACACUGCCACCCGAGGUUGACUGGCGCAAGAAGGGCUGUGUUACACCUGUGAUUAAUCAGGGAGAGUUGUCUAGAAGCUGGGCUAUAAGUGCAGUGGAGUCAUUGCAAGGACAACACUGUAUCGCUACAAAGCAACUGAAGUCGUUGGACAUCAAGAAGCUAGCCAGGUGUUGCCGUUCAUGUUUCUCUGUUGAUGAUGGUUUUCGCUAUAUGAUCGCUCAUAACCGCGUCGACGAAGAUGUGAACACAGAAACAUCGAGAAAUGACAAUUGCAAUUUCUCAAAAGCAGCGUACGGAGCCAGCAUGACAGGCUUUAUUGAUUUAGCUCUUGGAUCAGAAUUUGCGUUGCAACAAACAGUGGCAUUGGUUGGUCCAGUGUCAGUUACAAUUGACGCGAGCCAUCCCAGUUUCCAGAUGUAUGUCAGCGGUGUUUAUGACGAGCCUUUGUGUAGUUCAACCAGACUUGACCAUUCGGUGUUGGUAGUAGGGUAUGGUACUUUAGAUGGUCAAGACUACUGGCUGGUCAAGAAUAGCUGGGGAGUAAACUGGGGUAUGAAAGGGUAUAUAAUGAUGACGAGGAAUAAAGAUAAUCAAUGCGGGAUAGCAUCACUAGCCUCUUAUCCUACUGGUGUGACCGGAGAACUGAAAUUCUAGUGGCACAUCAAUGAAACACUAACUAAAAGUAAACUCGAUUACAAUGGAAAAACAUAUCGUAAUUAAACGAUUAUUAUUACGUUCAACUUUUGAAUAAA